AUGCGGCGAGGAGUGGGGAUCUCAUCCUUGGAGAGGACGACAGCGACGACGGCCUCGUACGGUACCCUCUCGGACAGUCUGAGCGCGGCCCAGCUGACAAACCUGCAAUCGCAGCUGCAUCAAUUCCAGACAAGUCUGAAGACGUUUGCGGUGAAGCAUGGGAGCAAGAUCAAGUCGGACCCGGCCUUCCGUGGGGCGUUCUCGGCAAUGUGCACGGAGCUCGGCGUGGACCCGUUGGCCGGAGGUCGCCGCGGGAUCUGGGAUUGGGUCGGCUUCGGCGACUGGACCUUCGCCCUCGCCGUCCAGGUAGUCGAUGUCUGUCUCUCCACACGCGACCGGAACGGCGGCCUUCACGAGAUGGAGGACGUCAUCAGCGCCGUUCGCUCCCUCCGCGACCUGCACCAGCAGCAACCCUCGAAGAACGAAGCCAGCACAAACAAGCCCGCCGGUCCGAUCUCCGAGCUCUUGGAUACUACGAUCACCGAGCCGGACAUCGUGCGUGCCAUCAAGUCCCUCGAGCCGCUCGGCUCAGGCUACUCGAUCAUCUCCAUCGGCUCCAAGAAGUUCAUCCGCUCCGUGCCGGCCGAACUCGACCACGACUCGCUCGCCAUCUUCGACUCCAUCAUCACCGCCCCGCACCCCAAAGGCUACACGACCGACCGGAUCCUACAAUCCUCCCUGAAUUGGUCCGCCGAACGGGUCAAGGACGCUUUGAACAAGGCGCUUAUGAGAGAUUCGAUGCUCUGGGUCGACAGCCAAGUAGGCCCUGAUCGAUACUACGCCCCAGUCUUGUUUGAGUUUCAAGAUAGCUCGCCUUCGCCGCCCUGA